AUGUUCCGCCGUAUUGUGAAGCGGUGGAAGCGCGCCUUAGGGCGCGCGCCCGAUGCCAAAGCUCUGAUGGAGGACUCGGAGGAAAGUCAACUGGUCGAUGUGGACAGCGACAGCGACAGCUUGGAUGACAGUUCUUGGGGCACGCACGAGGUGGAUCCCGCCGACGCGGACAUCUACCAGGAUGCCUUGUGGGCGCCGAUGUUCUACCGAUUGGAACGUGUUGAGAAGGACAAAGAAUCCACUCCACGUUGUUCGGACUACACCAUGGUGAGUCUUUUCUUGCUUCUGAACGUUGCUCUACAACUGGCAAUCGCUUUUAAGAUCGAUCAAGUGGCCCUAAAUACAUAUGGUGAAAUUGGACAGGCCUUGUUUGGUGGCGCCUGCUGGAGAGCUGGGAGUCGUCCCGAACUCUUCAGCGUGUUAUAUCCACCAGAUGUGGAGAUUAGCGGCUUUGAUUGUGUCUAUCCUCUAUUGACCUUGUCCAUGUUCCCACAGAAGCUCGACCUGGACAAGAAUGGCUACUGGUCCGUAGGCGAAGCGGAGGAGGUCUCCGAUCGGCUGCGGGACUUGGGCAGUGCCAUGGCGUCCAACUUCUCCAGCAAUCUGCUGCGCAUGGCCAAGUAUGAUUUCAAUCACCGGCCUGGCUCCAGGAGUGAUCCCAAGCACUUUCGCCACUUGGACAUGGAUUUUUUUCGACAUUAUCGAGGGAGGAUCAAGAUGUGCCUGCCCACCGAUCCGAAUAUUUGUGGCAAUCUGGCGGCGCAUGGGAAGCUUCGAGACAUGCUGCCAGACGUGGAUGAUGCGGACGAACGAGUCCGGGAGUGCAUCGGGAACUUCGAACACUUUUGCUUGCCUCUCUAUGGCUCGGAUUAUCGCUGGAUUCACUACACCACCUCCAAGCUCUGCGGGGAUCCCUCUUUUGAGCUGCGGGACGGGGUGAAUGUGGUCACCUAUGAUGCAGUGAGCAUUUACAAGGGGGAACCUGAUUCGAUUCUGGGCAGAACCUUCGUGUCCUUUCUGGUUUUGCUGCUCUUCAUUUGGGGCAUGCUGAUGGUCAGUGAGUUUCGAAGCUGCUACAACUUCUUGUUGGUAGUUUGGCACACUCCUUCAACAAGAUCCGGGCUUCGCGUCCAUCGGAAACCAUGGGAAGAUGGUGGUGAAGUCGCUGCCCAGAAGCCACAAGGUCUUUGCGAUGGCUUGCGUCGGAUUUCCCAGGCUUGUGAUAGCCGUGGUGAUCCUGGUUGUUGGGGCCAACUUUCUCACAGCGACCAACAACUUGCAAGACUUGGUCUUGAACAGCACAGAGAUGGAUUCGAGAAGCGCGUGACGGAUCAGUGCUAUAAGCUGAGCAUUCCAGCAGCCACCCAAGGCACCUGGCAGCCCUUGGUCUUGUUGGCGAUUGUUCUGACUGCCACGGCUGGGUGGACGAGCUAUGCCUACUUCAGCCGUCAUGGGCUUGCAGCGAUUGGUGCUGGUAUGGAAUGCCUUUGCCAUUUUGAAGGUGACUGCAGUGCUGCAGGGCUCCUUUGA